AUGGCACUUCCCGGCUGGGCCCGUCGCUUUGAAGUCUACGCCAUUUGCAUGGUUUGGCCCAUUGCCACCAUCGUUGGGUUGGUGUCGACGUACAAGAUCUUCAUGUGGAGCUACGGCGGCCGUGACUGCUUCCGUUACGUGGCUAUUCAGGAGCCGUUCAAGGAGCAGUGGUACCAGGCGAACCCAAAGACGGCAAUUGGCCUCGACACGCCGCUGGCGCACGUGCCAAAAUACCUCUCGACACCAGGCCACAGCACAGGAGGGGAAGAACACCUGCAUCACCGCAACUACUAG